AUGGAGAAGAAGCGUUUGCUCAUCAGCAACGACGAUGGGAUCAAUGCACCUGGCUUGCAAGCCCUUGUGGCAGAGCUAGUGAGGCAAAAUUUCUGCACUGUGUGCGUGUGUGGGCCGUCUGGGGAGCAGUCAGGCCAGAGCCAUGCCAUAACUCUAGGUCGGCCCCUGGCAUGCUUCCCAAUCAACGUUCCUGGAGCCCAGCAGAGCUUUGCGGUGGUUGGGAGUCCGGCGGACAGUGUUAUGCUGGCCCUGAAUGGGCCCAUCUUUGAGGACAGAAAUUUUGACCUGGUCAUAUCUGGGAUCAAUAGAGGGGACAACUGCGGCUUGCAUGUCAUCUACAGUGGCACAGUGGGAGCCGCUCGAGAAGCCGCGUGCAAGGGUGUGCCCUCUCUCGCAGUCUCUUUGGACGAUGUGCGGGCAAAGUCUGCAGCCGACUAUGCGGCAGCAUCUGUCUACACCGUAGCUCUUAUAAAGGCUGUGCUUGGGCUGCUGGAAGGCACGGACGCCUCCUGGCUGCAGAAGAUGACCGGCUGCAUCAUCAAUGUGAACGUGCCAGCUGGACCUCUGCAGUCCAUCAAAGGACUGCACCUUGCCCACCAGGGGGCUGCAUGCGUGUUCCCGGCAUUCAGGGAGAUCUUUGAGGAGGUGCCACAGGAUGAGGGGGCAGUCACCAGCACAGUCAUCACCAUGCCGAACACUCGCUCCUUCCGCAAUGCUGCCGGUGACAUGCGCUGGGACAUGACACCUGGCGCGGACACGUGGGCAGUUCGCGAGGGCUGGGCAUCGGUGACGCCCCUCGGUCUGCGAUCGGACAUGCCUCUUCAGGUGCAGAGCACUUGCAACUCCGAUAAUGACGAGGAGAAAAUGGUGCAUCUACUAGCUUGCUGUGCCCGACUUGGGUCCUUGAAUUUUGUCACUUGUAUAUGCUAA